ACUGCUCCGCACACACAACAUGCUGCAUCCUCGCAGGUCCUGCGCUUUCAAAGCGAUCCUUUUCUGCUGGCUGUUUCUCGGUGUCGGGCGAGCGGAUCCCCUACCGGACUUUGCCAUCAAUGCCGUGAUAUCGGGCAGCAGCACCGUUUCGUCGAUUGCGCUCGAAACGAAAGGCUUUUUUGUGGAUGUGGCCGGCCCGACGGUACUGCUGCAGUCAGGCUAUACCCGUAUCGAACGCGCCCUGGCAGCACUGACCAGCAUCGCCGGGCAGCUGUCGACGACCGGCGUCACCCUUACGCAGGCAAUAUCCACCAUGUCGCUCAACAAAAACGGCCCCAUCGCAACCUAUUUCGAUCCGAUCAGCGCGGCGAUCACGAAGCUGCAACGGCUCAUCACCACCGAUCUGACCGGGCAGCUGACCAACCUCACCGCCGAGAUCGACCACUACGUGAAGGACAAUUUUUUGGACAGCUUCAAGACGCUGGGACCGACGCUGGUCACACUGUCGCAAGCGGUGACCAACCUGCGGACGGCCGUCACCAGUGCCCGGGCCGCCUCCGGUACCGCCGUGACCGUGUCGCCCAAUGACGUGAAGAAGUUCGUUACGACGCGCGUCAUAUCCGACAUCACCAACGGCGUCCGGUUGCUGCGCACGAACGUGCCGAUUCUGGUGUACAUCGUCAAGUCCACGCUCAGCUCGUUCCAGUCGGCGGACCAGUACCUGGUCGGGCUGGUCCAGGAGGCGAUGCAGCGCGAACAGGACGUGAUCGCGCUCAGCGUCAGCAACACGGCCGAUGUGAACGCUUCCGUCACGACGGUGACGCAAAGCUUGACCACCGAACUGAACGGCCCGUACAGCAAGCUUACCCAGCUCUACCGGACCAAGCUGCAGGUGACCGUGGAAGCGAAUGCCACCUUCAAAGCCAUGGUCGAUGGGUGGCUGAACGAUACAGCACCGCUGUUCGAUAACCUGGAUGUUGGUGGCAAGCUCGAAACCAUCUACUCCACCUACGUCCAGCAAGUGCUGGCGCUGGACGACAAUCUGGCCGCCUUUUACGGCUCCAGCAUGUGCAGUCUGGUGUACCAUCUGCUGCAAUCGCUCAUCGAAAACGGUCCCUACGCACAGUUCUGCUUCAGCAAGUACGGCCAAAAGGUGUUCAACUUUUUCGUCCUGCACGCUACCGACGUCGAGGACUGCUAUCGGUUGCAGAUGACCCGGCUGGAUAAGCUGGUGCCCGCGCUGCUCAAUAUCGUCAAGCUGAUGGUGCACGACAUUGACGAUUUUGCCGUACAUAUUGAGCGCUGCACGCAGUUCAAGAACCUGCAGAACUGCGUCCCCUACCUGGGAGCGGAGUACAAAACGCUCCUCGGAUACACGGCCACAAAGCGGGACUACCUGUACCGGCUGGCGACGAAGGAAACCAACGGCAGCUACUAUCGGCUGGCUGGAUGCUACCACAAUGGCGAGCAUAUUAUGCUGCUGAAUGCCGAGGAGAUGAAGAUCGAAAUCGAUAAUUGUAAAAUUAAUGGACCGACAGUUGUGUAGAGAUAGUAACAUAAAAAUUGACAUGCAAAAACAAA